CUCCUGCCUGCAUCUCCUACCAUUUAAAAUGUCAUCUGUGUCUGUGGCCAACACCAACUUCUCCCUGGAUCUGUUCAAGAAGAUCACAGAGAAAAAAAAAACGGGCAAUGUCUUCUACUCCCCCCUCAGCAUCUCCUCUGCUCUGGCCAUGGUGUCUCUGGGGGCCAGGGGUAACACCGCGACUCAGAUGUCAAAGACCCUGCACCUCCACAAAGCCAAGGAUGAUGUCCAUGUUUGCUUCAGCAAACUUAUGGGUGAACUGAACAAGAAAGGAGCCCCCUACAAACUGAGUCUAGCAAAUCGUCUAUACGGAGAGCAGUCUUACAAGUUUGUUGAGACUUUCCUCCAUGACACCAAAAAACACUACAAUGCAGAGUUGGAGGCUGUAGACUUCAUGUCCAAUGCAGAAACUGCUAGACAGAACAUCAACACCUGGGUGGAGAAGCAGACAGCAGACAAAAUCAAGGAUCUGUUGCCAAAGGGGAUUGUUGAUAAUUUGACAAGACUGGUCUUGGUUAACGCCAUCUACUUCAAGGGCAACUGGGAGAAGAAGUUCAAGGAAACCAGCACCAAAGAUGUCCAGUUCAGACUCAACAAGAAUAAGAGUAAGCUAGUAAAAAUGAUGCACCAGAAGGCCAAGUUCCCGCUGACCUUCAUCCCAGAGGCCAACUGUCAGAUUCUGGAGUUGCCUUAUGCAGGGAAACAACUGAGCAUGCUCAUCAUGCUUCCUAAUGACAUUGAGGACGGCACCACUGGACUGGAGAAGCUGGAGAAGGAGCUGACCUAUGACAACUUUGUUGAUUGGACCAAGCCAGACAUGAUGGACUUGGUGGAGGUUCAGGUGGGCCUGCCCAAAUUCAAGCUGGAGGAGAGCCUGGACUUGAAGGAGACGCUGGUCAGCAUGGGCAUGAUAGAUGCCUUCGACGACUUCAGAAGCGACUUCUCAGGCAUGUCACCAAACAACGACCUGGUUCUGUCCAAGGUGGUGCACAAGGCCUUUGUGGAGGUCAAUGAGGAGGGUACAGAGGCAGCAGCUGCUACGGCCGCCAUCAUGAUGAAACGCUCUGACCCGGAAACGUCCACUUUCAUUGCCGACCACCCCUUCCUCUUCUUCAUCCGCCACAAACCCACCCAGAGCAUUCUGUUCUAUGGCCGCUACUCUUCCCCUUAGACAUUUAGCUACAUGCCAUGUGGAGGGAGGAGAGGGUGUUGAAAUAAUGUAUUGCAGCAGCAGUAACUAUAUCUGAUGUUAGACCAUUUCCUACCCUUGUCUAGCUGUAACAAAUUGCCCACGUUGUCGGUUAUGCCCCUACCCGUUGUUUUGCCAUUUUGUGUUAACAUUCAUCACACCCAAACAUAAAUCCAUUUGCUGUAGACUACUUUUAAGCAUCAGUAUGAAAUGUUUUGCCAUUUCUCCUGCAAUCUACUGGGAGAGGAAAAAAAACUGUACUUACUAAAAAAAGUAGGUUAUGGGGAGGGCCAAUAUUUAUGUGUAAUAGAUAAAUAUAUGCAUUCAACAUGUAACCAAAGAAUGUUGUAUUAGUGGUGUAUUUUGGUUUGGUUUAAUUAAUUUUGCCUUAUGUUUUUCUACUCUUCACCUACAACACACUGA